GUCAAGGUUGCUCCCGGCGAUCCUUGUCUUUUUAAGUAAAUUGAGUGAUCAAGUGGAUUUAGUUGCAAUGUUCGUUCCGAGGGUAUCUAAUGAGUGCCACUUGGAGAUAUGGUCAGUCGGUUAGCUGUUCUAGCUGAUAAUGGGCUGUCCUCCGUGUAAUCUCUGAAUUCCAUCUCGGCCUUACUUUCCAACUCAUUUCAUGAGGUACAGUCUUGCGCCGCCUUGUUUUAAGGUGACUGUGCUAUCGAAUAGUUGGCCCGUGGGAGUAUUCACUAUAUUCACUACCAAGGUAACACGCGAUGACCGGAGUACUUGAAAAUCCAGCAGGCCAUUCCAGCCCCGAGAGCUUGGAGGUUGAUGUGGCAGACAAGAAUGGGACCCAUGUGCUCUUCAACGAGCAAACAAAUUAUGUACCCAAACGUACCAUUAUCACUAUCUUUUUGGCCUGCUCCAGCGUCGAUCUGCUGGCUCUGAUGGACCAGACGAUGCUGGCAUCGUCUCUCUCCAUUAUUGGGAAUGCAUUGGGUGCCAGUGAUCAGACAUCCUGGAUCUCGGGGGGUUACUUUGUAACAUCGACAUGCUUCCAGCUCCUCUAUGGCAAGCUUUCUGAUAUUUGGUCGCGAAAAAUAGUCUUGUUCGUUGGUCUUGCCAUCUUCUUCAUCGGCUCGCUAGCGGCCUCGCUCUCCCAAACAGUCACCCAGCUCAUUGUCUUCCGGGCAUUGACGGGUGUUGGUGGUGGCGGGCUGAUGACAGUCGCGCAGAUGAUCGUGAGUGACGUCGUUCCUCUACGUGAGCGAGGUAAAUAUCAAGGCAUCCUCGGCGCUGUCGUUGCCAUUGCGAAUGGCAUUGGCCCUGUUAUCGGCGGUGCGCUGGCGUCAAUCUCGGAGGAUUCAUGGCGAUGGAUAUUCAGGUUAAACCUACCAUUGACAGCACUGACCACGCUAUGUGUACUCUUCUUCAUGCCUUUGAGGAAGGUUGAGGGUGACUGGCGGCUUAAACUAAAAGCGGUAGAUUUUGUCGGUGCGCUGCUAGCUCUGGGAGGUACUUCAGUAUUCCUGCUGGGGUUGAAUUGGGGAGGUGGCGAGUACGAGUGGUACUCGGCACAUGUCGUUACGACUUUAGUCGUCGGAUUCGUCAUUUCAGGUGCAUUUGUUGCAUGGCAAUACAAGGGUGCAAAGGUGCCGUUGGUACCGAUGCACAUAUUCAACAGCCGAAUUGUCAACGGAUCAUGCUUGACUAUGUUUGUCAAUGGAUGGAACUUCCUGGUCCAGGUGUACUAUAUCCCUACCUUCUACCAGCUGGUCUUUGGAUAUUCCACAGUCGUCUCGGGAGCUAUGUUGCUUCCAAUCACGUUGAUGCAGACCGCUAGUAGUACUCUCUCUGGACUUGUUGUUCACUGGGUCGGCCGUUACCGGGAAUGUAUCCUAUUCGGCUGGAUAAUCUGGGCAGUUGGCCUCGGGCUCUUCUCUACACUGGAUGAGUCCUCUGGAAUAGGGAAGCAAAUCGGAUACGGCCUUUUGACAGGAGCCGGUGUUGGAAACACAUUGCAGCCGUCUCUCAUUGCAGUCCAGGCAGGCGUUGAGCGCCGAGAUAUGGCUGUUGUUACUUCUUUCCGAAAAAACAACAUUGUUGCGUCCUCCAUCCUAGUCCUCGACCUGACUCAGUCUGAAUCAAGGUCACUUUUGUCAAGUCCUCAGUCCUAUCUGUCCGGACUUUCAGAAAAUGAUGCCAAGCACGUCCGAAGCGUGUUGAUUCCUGCUUACAAAAAGGGCUUUCGCGUGAUAUUCGUUAUUGGGGCUGCAUUGGCUGCAUUCUCGUUCUUUUUGGCGUUCUGGCUCAUGCCACAGGUUGGGUUAAGGCGCGAUGAUGAUGAGAAACUGAAGGGGGAGGGAAAGAAGCGGAUUAACGGAGAGCUCGAUGAGGAGAAGGGCAGUUGACAGUCAAAAUAUAAUAAAAGCCAAGUAUUCUUUCAGGUCAAGUGAAUAGAAUCUUGAAGCUGACUUAAGCUCCAUCUUGUUCGAUUAUCAAGUUGGUAACGGUAGCCUUGUCGGCGACGUGCUUUGACGUUUUCUGCAGGUUUCAUGGCGGCCGAAGGUGGAAACGGAGUGGUCUUGCUUUAACGGCUGAAUGUAAGAACGAGACUACAUAAUCGAGAAAUCACUGGGCAAAGAAGAAACUUGAUGUUCUAAACCUGAUGUGUGUAGACUGAGGAUCAAAACUUCCGAGGCAAGUAGUGGACGAUUUCCAUCAUGGCAAAUAUGAGGACUCCCCCUUCGAAGAUUGCUGAUAUCCCGAUUUGGAGAAACAUUGUUGUAAUUGGUCUGCUUUAUCUUAGCUGUGAGCUUCACAGAAACGAUU